AUGCCAUACCAGGCUGAAUAUUUCCAUCCUCAUUUUCCUCAUGUUCAUGCCUUCAGGGAUCAGUUGCCUGAAGAUAUCCCAGUGAAACUGGAAUCGAUGCUGAUCAAGGUGUUCUUCAUGUUAGACAGGGAACAGGCCCUCCUCUGGGAAAUGUAUACCUUUAUAAGAGCCAUGUUAAACGCAACUUGCAGCCUGGUUUCUGUAUUCCUGUUCCUCCUGAACAAUCAUUUCUGUGCUUUUCUUUUUAACAGAGAGAUGUAUCUGAGGCAGAAAAUCUCCAACCAAAGUUCUGUGAGUGAAUUCCUGCUUAUAGAAUUUUCUAAUGUGAGGGAGCUUCAGAUACUCCAUUUUUCCAUGUUUCUCCUAAUUUACUUGACAACCUUGAUGGGAAAUCUUCUCAUCAUUAUAACUGUAGUCCUUGACCGCCACCUUCAUUCUCCUAUGUAUUUCUUUCUUGGAAACCUUUCUAUUGUCGACCUCUCCUACAUCUCUGUUACCAUUCCCAAAUCCAUGGUGAAUGCCUUAACCAACACCAGACAGAUCUCAUUCUCAGGAUGUGUUGCUCAGGUCUACUUGGUCAUCACUCUGGCUGAUACAGAACUAUUCUUACUCACAGCCAUGGCUUAUGAUCGCUAUGCAGCCAUCUGCCACCCUUUGCAUUACAGAGUGAUCAUGAACUGGAGUGUUUGUGGAGAGAUGGCAGCUGGCUGCUGGGUUGGAAGCAUGCUCUAUUCUGUUGUGCAUACCAUGAAUACAUUCCGGUUGUCCUUCUGUCGAUCCAAUGUCAUUGGUCAGUUUUUCUGUGAUGUCCCACAGCUCCUGAAGAUCUCCUGUUCAGACACACAUGCCAACGAUAUCUUAAUUUUUGUCCUGGGUUAUUCAUUAGCUUUUCUAUGUUUUUCUGUCAUAGCCAUUUCCUAUGUUUACAUCUUCUCUACUGUUCUGAAGAUCCCUUCUGCCCAGGGAAAGUACAAAGCUUUCUCCACUUGCCUCCCACACCUGAUCAUCGUCUGUCUGUUUCUUGGCACUGGAGCUUUUACAUACACAAGACCAAAGUCAGCGUCCUCAGUGGGUCGGGACCUUGUAGCUGCUAUUCUCUAUUCUGUGGUACCACCUUUGAUCAAUCCAAUCAUUUACAGUCUAAGGAAUAAGGAGCUAAAAGAGGCUUUGAGAAAACUGAUAAGAAGACUAAGGUUUCCUGCAACUGAUCCCAAGGAGGCUUUAGAAACUCUGAACCAGUGCCUGGAGGCAGUUUAG